AGAGGUUAAUAUAAAAAAGUUUUGGUUUUCGAGUAUUUUGUGAAAUUUUCCUUCAUUGUCCUCUGCCGACCCUCCGGCAGAAAAUCACGACGACGAGCGGCUUCUCCUUCGACCAUGAGUGUAUUUCUUCUUCGGUGAACACCCCUAUCUCAGCACCUCCUUCUGCUCGACGUUUCUGUCAUUACCCAAAGCAAGACCCACGGCAUCCAGCUGCUGUGGCCGACCUUGCGCGCGACGACGAAAACCUCCGACGGCUUGCAGCAGCUUGACCUCGCGGCAGGAUUCUCUGCGACAAUUCAUCUGUGCGACGGCGACGAGAUUCUCGACGGUGGUGCGAACGUCCUUUGCAGCAGUGCCUAGAGAAGGUACUUAUGUUCAAUAUAUAUUUUCAAACUUCAAACUCUUUCACCAAGUGCUACUUUCACUUCAAGCACCCUGUCUUUCUUCGUUGCAUCUGCAACGUUGUGUAUUAUUCAUCGAAUCCUGUCUCCAAUCAGCUUCUGAGUGAGUUAUGUAAAGAUGGUCGAGUUGAUGAAGCGCGUAAGGUGUUUGAUCAAAUGCCUUAUCGGGACAAGUACACAUGGAAUAUUAUGAUUUCUGCAUAUGCCAAUUUAGGAGAUUUAGUUGAAGCUCGCAAGCUUUUCAAUGACACUCCAAUUAAAAAUUCUAUCACUUGGUCAUCCCUAGUAUCCGGAUAUUGCAAAAAUGGGUGUGAAGUUGAAGGCUUGAGGCUGUUCAGCCAAAUGUGGAGUGAAGGGCAGAAGCCAAGUCAAUACACAUUGGGCAGCGUUUUAAGAGCAUGUUCAACUUUGGGUUUGCUUCAUAGUGGCAAAAUGAUUCAUUGCUAUGUAAUAAAGACCCAAUUAGAAGCGAAUAUAUUUGUUGCAACUGGUCUUGUUGACAUGUAUUCGAAGUGUAAAUGUCUUCUGGAGGCUGAAUACCUCUUCCUAUCACUGCCUGAUAGGAAAAACUAUGUUCAAUGGACUGCUAUGCUCACUGGAUAUGCUCAAAAUGGCGAGAGUUUGAAGGCAAUUCAGUGUUUUAAGGAGAUGAGAAUACGGGGAAUAGAGUCUAACCAUUUCACAUUUCCCAGCAUAUUGACAGCAUGUACAGCAAUUUCAGCUUAUGCUUUUGGUCAGCAGGUACAUGGAUGUAUUAUUUUGAGUGGUUUUGGUCCUAAUGUAUAUGUUCAAAGUGCAUUAGUUGAUAUGUAUGCCAAAUGUGGAGACUUGGCUAGUGCAAGAAUGAUACUAAAUAUCAUGGAAAUUGAUGAUGUUGUGUGCUGGAACUCGAUGAUUGUUGGGUGUGUGGCACAUGGAUAUCUGGAGGAAGCUCUAGUUUUGUUCCAUAAGAUGCAUAAUCGGGAUAUAAGAAUUGAUGAUUUCACAUAUCCGUCUGUUUUGAAAUCUCUGGCUUCUUGUAAGGACCUGAAAAAUGGAGAAUCAGUUCAUUCUCUGAUUAUUAAAACUGGUUUUGAUGCUUGCAAAACGGUGAGCAAUGCGCUUGUUGACAUGUAUGCUAAACAGGGAAACUUGAGUUGUGCAUUAGAGGUUUUCAAUAAGAUAUCAGAUAAAGAUGUAAUAUCGUGGACCUCCUUGGUCACGGGAUAUGUUCACAAUGGCUUCCAUGAAAAGGCUCUCAAGUUAUUUUGUGACAUGAGAAUUGCAAGGGUUGACCUUGACCAAUUUGUAGUUGCCUGUGUUUUUAGUGCAUGUGCUGAACUAACAGUUAUAGAAUUUGGUCGACAGGUUCAUGCAAACUUUAUCAAGUCUAGUGUUGGUUCAUUGUUAUCUGCAGAGAACUCUCUCAUAACAAUGUACGCCAAGUGUGGAUGCUUAGAAGAUGCAAUUAGAGUCUUUGACUCAAUGGAAAUUCGGAAUGUCAUAUCAUGGACUGCCAUAAUAGUUGGUUAUGCACAGAAUGGGAGAGGGAAGGACUCUCUUCAUUUUUAUGAGCAAAUGAUAAAUGAUGGCAUAAAGCCAGAUCCUGUUACUUUUAUUGGUUUGUUGUUUGCUUGCAGCCAUGCAGGUCUUGUGGAAACUGGCCGAUCUUACUUUGAAUCAAUGGAAAAAGUUUAUGGAAUAAAGGCAGCUCCUGAUCAUUAUGCUUGUAUGAUUGAUCUACUGGGACGUGCUGGAAAACUCAAUGAGGCAGAGGAUUUAUUGAACCGAAUGGAGGUUGAACCCGAUGCAACCAUAUGGAAGUCAUUACUUUCUGCAUGUAGGGUUCAUGGGAACUUAGAACUUGGAGAAAGGGCUGGAAAAAACCUCAUUAAAUUGGAACCUUCGAAUUCUCUGCCAUAUGUUUUAUUGUCCAAUAUGUUCUCUGUUGCUGGUAGAUGGGAAGAUGCAGCACAUAUUCGUAGAUCAAUGAAAACAAUGGGUAUUAACAAGGAGCCUGGAUAUAGUUGGAUUGAAAUGAAGAGCCAAGUGCAUACAUUUAUUUCUGAAGAUAGAAGCCAUCCUUUGGCGGCUGAAAUAUAUGCAAAGAUUGAUGAAAUGAUGAUAUUAAUAAAGGAAGCUGGACAUGUUCCAGAUAUGAACUUUGCAUUACGUGACAUGGAUGAAGAGGCUAAGGAACGUAGUCUAGUAUAUCAUAGUGAGAAGUUGGCUGUUGCAUUUGGACUUCUCACAAUCUCGAAAGGAGCACCGAUUCGAAUUUUUAAGAAUCUUAGAGUAUGCGGGGACUGCCACUCGGCAAUGAAAUAUAUAUCUAGCGUUUUUAAGAGGCAUAUUAUUUUGAGAGAUUUAAAUUGUUUCCAUCACUUCAUAGAGGGAAAAUGUUCUUGUGGAGACUUCUGGUAGGGGAGGGUGUUCAGCCACUUGAUUUUUGUUUCUUUGUUGACCCACCUUGGAGAACGAAACAACUAAUUCUUGAUGCCUCACAGUGUUAUUCUAUUGGCACAACCCAAGCAAGAUAAGAUAAGAAUGGUUCUCGUUUUAGAUGCUUUGCCGAUCACGCAGGAUUCUUCACCAGGUUUGGCAAGCUGCUCAAGGAGAAGGCCAAAAGCGAUAUCAAGAAGAUCUUAUGACAAUCUUGAGAGGCAUUAUUGGUGUCUGAUUUUGGGCCAAGGAUCACCAUUAAGAUUGUGGAGAGCUUGUUUGAUGAAAUAUUGGCAGGGAAGUUGAAUCGGCUAGUGAAAUAAAGGAUGCGUUAAAGAAGAAUGUUUUGGAGUUGUUGACAGAAGGGGAGCAAAUCUAUCCUUCAACUUAGAUUCCAGUUUGCUUGCUUCAUGGUUUAUAGUUUGUGCAAUCCAUCAAACUAAACAUGAUAUCUCAAGCACUAGUUCUGAUUCUAUUUUUAUUAUGGCAUCAGAAAACCAGCUGUGAUUAUAAUAGUUGGUGUUAACAGAGGUGGAAAGAUGUCUCUUGGUAAGACCUAUUGUUAACAUGGUAUGUGUUUUCUAUUGAGUUCAAACCUUGUUUGUUGUGAUUUAACAUUUUUCUCAGCUGACAAUUUUUCCCUGGUUUUGAAGAUAUUUUAUUUGAUAUACUUUUUCCUUCAAUAAAUGUGUGUUGCUGAGAAGCGUGCAGUUUCUUAUUACUACUCCUAUAAGUGAAGUUUAUGAUUAGGAAGUUCUCAUAUUACUAAAUUAUCUACUUCUCUGUCCAUUUUCGACAUCGGAAUAUAUUUAUUUGCACUGUUAUUACUCAAAUUAUCAAGUAAUAUGUUUAUAACUCCGUGUUGCAGGAGAGCUGGCUUUUAGAUUGAAUCAUGAAGGGCGAAGAUGAGAUGAUACUCGUUCUAUCCGUAUUGAAUUGAUGUCACUUAAGAAGCUAUUAUCAACAUUAUUUUUGUUUAGAGUAGUUCUAUACUUGUGAAAAAGAAAGUAGCUCUAUUCAAAAUAUCUGUUCAAAAUGAUUUUUAAUUAUAUGACCUGAGAGACUCAUUUGAGUCCCUAUUUUGUAACUUCAGUGGUUUGUUUACCAAUUGAGGACUCUGUUUUGUUUUGGCAUUCCCUUUUGGGUGAUUGAGGGAAAGGGAAAGGAGAGUGGAUUUGUUUGCAGUUGGGAGACUCAUUUUGUAUUACAGAAUAUUAUACAUUGUAACAUCAUGAAACCUAAUUCUUUUUCUUCUUUUAUGAUUUAUUUAUUUUUACCAAGAAUUGGUCUUUAUUUUGAAUUUAUCAGGUUUUGCCAGCCCAUUUCAAUGAAAGAUAAUUCCUUAUUAAAUACAAUUACAAGAUGGAAAUAUAAUAAUUUUCAAUCUUGUGUACCAGAUAUUGAUGGCAGCUGGUCAUAUACUUCGAGUAGCUCUCGUGAUCAGUUGGAAAUCUGCCAGACUGUGACAGAUAGAAUUGGAUGUGAGAUUAUUAUUUACUUAAAAGAGACAAUGCCAAAGCGUCAUCAGCUUGCAAACGAUUCUACAACCGCCGACAAAUCGAAUCUGAUCGGAGUGAUUUAAGAUGGCAACACAUUUCAGAAUACCCGAAGUCGACCGAUUUUCCAGUCAAGUAACAAGCUUGGCCCACAUUGCUAAUGCAAACAAGAUUGUGAAGGAGAAGCUUACACUAAGACAACUAGACAUGUUCAAGAGAACAGUUUUUGGGCGAUUUGUAGACGCUGACAUGGAGUUUAACAACCCAAUUAUCCAUCACAUGUUACUGAGAUAAGUGAAAAGGACGAGAUCAGACUCAAUGUCAUUCUCUGUUUGUGGAAAGGUUGUCACUUUUUCGAAGGAUGAAUUUUUGUUGAUGACUGGUUUGUGGCAAUCCCCAACACGAGUUGAUCAAAACCAACAGUCCUUGUAUGAACUUGCUAUCAAGUAUUUUGGUAAUCGAGUGACGAAGGACACCUUACAUCUCCAUCAACUUGAAGAAAAAUACAAGGAGUUGGAGUUUGAAAAUGAUGAUGAUGCUAUGAAAAUCACAGUAGUCUACUAUACUGGGGUCGCAAUGAUGGGGAAAAACAAAUAGAAAAAUACAGUGAACCUCAAAGGUUUUAAGGACGUUCAAAACUUAGAGUAUUACAACAGUCUUGAUUGGGAUACCAUUAUUUGGGAGAGGACAUUGGAUACCCUAAAGAUUGCGUUGAAUGAUAAGAGCAGUCUAUACAAGACGAGGGUCAAAGGAAAUAAAAAUUGCAUUGUGAAGUACUCUUUAUGUGGAUUUUCACAAGCGUUCUAGGUAUGGACGUACGAGAUCCUAGCUUCAUCGAUAGCUGGGAACAUUGCGGAGUGGAGCAAGGUGGCUUUGCCCCACAUAUUACGAUGGUCAUGGUCCCACUUAGUGUUCUUCAAAGUACUCGAGAGAGAUAUUCGAGUCUAACAAUAUAAAGGUUAAAGAGGGUGUUGUCAUGUCAGAUGUUGAGAGGGAGUUUCGAGAUACCCCAGUGGACAGAAGACCUAUAUUUGAUCUAGGUGCGGAUGAUGAUAGUUCUGAAAGUGGCAAUAGGUCGACUAGUGAUGGGGGUAGUCCUGAAAGUGAAAGUGAUGGUGAUGCUCAUCGUGGAGAUGACAAUGAUGAAGUUGUCAGGGUGGAGGGAGGGGAUGAACUUGAGCAUUCUAAGCACGAGGAUGUUGAAUAUGGAGGGGUGGAAGGAGGGACAUACACACUUAGUGAUGAUAUGUUCCAUGAUGUGAUGAGGGACGUACGCGAUGAGGACGAGUUGAACCAACUUGAUGUUUAUCUCGUGGACUCCCGUAGAGAGCGACCUGUGGAUGAGGAGUGUCCUGAGUGUGCUACCCGCUGCAGGGAGAGAGCCAAUCCCGAUGAUUCUAUUUAUUUGUACCUGUGGACCAUUGACAGCUCACUAUUGAGGUUGGAUGAUCGUAUAUCGGGUUUAGAUAGUCGUGUAUAAAGUAUGGAGGAAAACAUGACGGACAUGAAAAAAUAAUUGUCAGCCAUCCUGUCACUGUUGCAGUCUAUGUGCAAGGGUUCCAUGGUGAAUGAGGAGACGACCAGGUCAUCCAUCCUAUCUCGGGAUCCCGAUACCAAUAAUGCGAUUGCCUCUAACACUCCCAUCCCCCCUCUACAGCUCGAUACCACCACUUCACCCACUCCCACCCCUCCUUUACAACCCAAUACCACCACGACAUCACCAAUUGACGUCAAACCUAUAAAGGCCGACGUCCCACAAACAGAGGCUGACACUUUUGGGAUUGUUACGACCACAGAAGAAGUUACACUGGUGAAUAAUUUAUUGAUCAGUAAUCUUUGUUUAUAUUUUUAUAUUUCUUGAUGAGUAAUCUAUUGUUAUUUGUUUAUGUAAGAAUCUCAAAGAAUUAGUUGUAAGGGGAAACCUGUUGAUAAAUAUACACUUUUAGCUCAAGUAAAGAAGAAAAGUGUGGUUAGGCAUCCUCUCCCAGGUGUAGCUACGUCACUCUCCAGAGCGAUCAUCACAUAUAACGUAGCACAUGAUGUUCCAUACAAUAUCCUUACAAAAAUGAUGGGCUAGAUCUCGGAUGACAAUACGGACAACGAGGUUCGAGGGAAUUCCUUUAAACCACUUGCCAAGCAAUUCUUCAAGGAAUUGAUUACCCCGAAUUUGUUGGUCGAGUACGAUAGUCACCUUAAUACUCGUGGCGGGGUAUUUAAACGAAUAAAGAGUAAGACACUUUUGGAGGCUGCCCUAGCAUGGGAAGAUGAAGACACGUAUAAGGACUGCAUCACCGGUAAAUUGGAUGUCAAAUGGGCAGAUGUGGAUUUCGUUUAUACGGCGAUGAAUAUCAGUGACCACUGGAUGGUCCUUGCAAUGGACAUUAACAGAGGUUACAUAUUCGUGUUCGAUUCACUUCUGUCAUACACACCAAUGACAAAGGUGGUGAAUUGGCUAGAGUCAUUGACGGUCACAGUAUCAUCCAUACUUCACUACUGUGAUGUGGAUCGUUCAAAGUCAGAUCUAUUCGCAGCCCGUUGGAAAAUCUCGCGACCUAUGAACGUCGACAUAUAACACGGGUCGUUUGAUUGUGGCAUCUUCGCAAUCAAAUUUCUAUAACACCUGGUGACUGGUGUUGAUUUGUUCAUAAUCACUCUGGAGAAGAUGAGUGAAUAUAGGAUGUAGUUAGCGUAUCAACUAUGGGCAAACACUCCGUAUUUUUUUUGUGUAUAGAACAUGUAUUUUUUAUUGUAUUUUUCAUGUACGUUAAAACAUUUAUUUUUUAUGUAUGUAAAAAACAUUUAUUUUUUA